UAUUCUUGCUAAAGAAAGCACAAAAUGAGACAGCUGCAAACCGUUCUGUAUCUCUACCUGCUCUCGAUGCUGCAACGAAAAGCUUGCUUCAAUUGCCAAAGAAGACGUGCUUUUUAGCGAGUGUUAUUGAUCUGAAGUAGCAUAGCCAUGUUUCAUUGAGUAAAACGGGAUUCCUGACAGCAAAAUGAAAACUGUGACACUUUGUACUGCAAAAUGAGCCUAGUGUGGAAUUCAAGUCCUGAUUUGCACCUCGGCUCCACAGAGCUGCUGCCCUAGCAGGUGUACAUAACUUUGCAAGCGAUCGGCUGGAAGAUGCUUAGGCUGCAGAAUGAGCUCACCACAUGAUCAUAAAGGGCUUUAAAAAGAGCUGCUAAUGGCAUUUUACAAGUGCUGAAAUUUGGGCCUUUCCUAGGAAUUAUUUGUACUCGAAUGUUUAGCAACCUAUGCGUAUGUUGUUUGUUAGGCAGAUUUACUUAGAAUUGGCAUGAGCUUGUUUGGAAACAUAUUCGAUAACAGCACUAACUUUUCAAGCGAUUUGACAACAAAGGUCGACAGAGAUAUUGUAUCCAAAGUGUCAGACUACAUAGACAAAAAGGUUGGACAAAAGAUAUGGCAACAAAACGGGACAAAAACGCCAGAAAAAUUUCCGGAAAAACGUUGUGCAUCGUCUACAGUUACAACCCCGAUAGAAAAGGUCAAGACGUUUGAUCUUUCACCAAAGAAUCAAAAUAUUGUUGAUUAUUGCACAUCGCUGAUCAAUCUUGAUUUCCAUGGACAGUGCGAGGAAGAGCAAGCCCUUUUGCCACCAACAACUGUGAAGAGUGGCAUUAGAUUAUCAGAGGCGCUCUCAGGUAUAGAUGAAGUACUUCGCAGUGUUGAUCAAGAUUUUUCUGGGGAAGAAGAAGAAUUCCAAUUUUAUUUACAAGUAUGCCUUGAAGCAAGGCAGCCUUCUGCCAAUGCAAACCCAAGACUUUCAAGAAAGUUUCAUGCAGAUGCAAAGAAGUUUGUUCAAAUAUACAAAGAGAGAGAAACUGUUUCUGAAGAAUUGACUCACAUUGAAUACUGGGCGACUCGUCAGCAACUUCUGUCUGGGAAGGUCGUCGCGGACUGGCUGGAUCUUAAUUAUGGACCAAUGGAUCCUAUCUUUGGUGUUUUGCUAAAUCCAACAUUGGGAAGAACCGGUCCUGGUGACAGCGGCUGGGUCCACAAAUUUCUCUUUGAUGACAGUGGACCGAUGGCCUAUCACUCUGCCGUCCAUGAUGCCUUUGGCUAUUUGAUAUCUCAUCAUAAUGUAGGCCCUGGGUACGACUACCUUGGAGCUUGGUCUUUGUUUGAAUCCCACACGUGUAUGUCUGGCCAGCUAUCUGGGAUAAAGUUCUGGAGAGAUAAAUUAAAGACCACUGGAGAGGUUCCAGCUAAAACGGUUUAAUUGAAACAAAAACUGUUCUUGAAACAAUGGAGCUCGUUCUGCUUAAAAGUGGCUUACUGUAACUGGGAAAGAACUUAAACCUUGAAUUCCUAAUAUUUUCGCCGAUGCUUUAAAAGUGUUAGCAGAAUGUUUGUUUGGUGAAUAAACUUAUACAUGAAAUGUAAGAAUCAUUUAAAGGAUUGUUUAUCUUUAGCUUCUGCUUAAAGUUUUCAUUGAAUAUUUUUUUUUUCAGAACACCAUUUUUAUUCCCCUUUUAAUCAUGUUUAUUGUUUUGUGAACAUUGCUGUUUAAGAAUAUUGCUUUUGCUAGAUAGUUUUGGUGUAAAACGAACUAAACUAGUUUUAUGUAUCAAAACAAACAUUUAUUUAAGACGUCUGAAAUGAAACAGAUGUAGGGCUAAAAUGUAAAAUUAAAAGAUUUUCUAUAGUAAAGCUGGUAUCGAUUUUCUUUCCAAAUAGUAAUUAUUAGAAAAACCAUUAUCAAUUUUCUUUUCAAAUUUCAAAUGAAUCUAGUCUUUACAUUAUAGAUUGUUUAUGGCUUGA